AUGAGACGGAAUUCACCUAUGAUGGUCGGGAUAAAGCUGCAUCGGGUUGACUUGGACAUGAAACCGGGGUCACAUCCGAAGUCGGAACCGCUGUGCCAGUAUGAAAGUGAAGCGAGUGCCUCAUCCAAAACCUUGGCAGGGAGUGGUGAUUGCCGACUCGAAUGUGAAGGUGAAACCACAUUCGGAGUCGUGGCAAGUUGUGGAGGCUGCCAGUUAAGACGUGAAGCAGAUGCUUUGUCUAAAGUUGGUGCAGCGGGAGAAUAA